AGCUUCAGUUCAGCCACCGUCCAUUCUGCGUUUCCCUAGAAUCCACGCCUGCUUCAGUUAUCUCACUGGUACUCGUUACGCCGUUGUGUCUGCGCUGCCCCUGUGUCGCCACCGUCAUUCAAGUACUUUCUCACUUUCAGGGAUCCGCAGGUACAUCUCUAGGGCGUUUCUUGCCGGGCCGUUUCUGGUUAGGCGAGGUUGCAGCAGAGGCAUUCGUGCAGGCAGGAUAAGUCCGUGCGAUAAUAUAUCGGUAAAAGAGAAAGUAAACCGUGUAUUGUUGUCCAACGAGCCGUGCGCAUCGCUCAACCAUCUGAUAUCGGUUGCUCGUCAAAUCCUCCCAUUUCCUGAAGUCGUCGUUUCCUGCCACCAUGCUGCCGUCAGUCGCAGUCGCGCUGGUGCUGCUCGCCGCGUCAAUCCCGGCGUCGGACGCGCAAGUGCGGCCCGGGUGCAUCCGGAAGUACCAAUGCCCGCGUCGCGGCAGCAAUCAGUGCGGUCUCUAUUACGUCUGCUCCGACUCUGCGAAACCCAAGCCGCCGUACACCCUGCAGCCGUGCGACACAUGCUCGUUCAGAGACAACGUUAAAGCCUACGCUCAAGUGUGCAACUUCAAGACCGGCCGAUGCGUGGUCAAUGCUAUCGAUGGCAAGCCUUGCACUGCAAAUGCCCAAUGCGGCAAGACGGGCGAGUUUACAUGCCUGGAGAACAAGGGUAGCAAAACCAAGCCCAAGGCCAAGCGCUGCUGCAGGACCAAGUGCCCUCCUGGCUUGUGCGGUUACGGCAAGGCUCCCGCAACUUACGUCAAUGCUUGUGGAACGAGGAUCACCUGCCCGGAGUUUGCCCAAAGAAGUGAUUGCCCUAAGGCGUUGAGGAGACGCGUAGGUCAAUAUCAAACACUAUGAUAGCUAUUGAACUAUUUAUUACCAUUUGCGUUGUAAUAUUAAAGCUCACUGGGAAAUACAGAACGUCAGGUGCUUUUGCAACGUGACGGCAGUUGCACCGUGCCACUAUCGUAUACAGGCUCCUGGAUAUUUGCGAAGCGAAUCGCCAUGGUUCCAUGUUUCCUGGGGAUUCUUGGGGACAAAAUUGUGAGACAAACCGAUUUGAGGACACCCCGUGAUUUUUACGACAUUCAAGAAUAUGAUUUCCAUUCCGCCCAAUGGCAAAAAGGUUGUUCCGACAGACCAUAACUUUCGCACUCCACCUCCUCAUUCCUGUAUCUCCCACCUCUCCUAGACAUACCUUGGCGUCGCCAACGAGAGGCAGAUGAUAAGUGUGCUGUAGUGAUCGUUUCUCGCCUAGAGACUGCAGGCGUUUCGUGGUUCUUAAGUCUCUUUGACUUUGCUUGCGUACCCUAUCUGCCUUCGACAAUCAAUAAAGAGGCCGACCUUCAUAUAUCAGACACUAGUUUCCACAGGCACGUAGCUUGCUUGUUACUUGUAUGCUGGUCCGAAGCAACUGCGUAGCUCCCGAUACGCCUCCCCACAGCAUACGUAGCUUCGGUAGGCAGCAUGCAGUUAAUCUCCGUAACGCGGCUCGGGUUGAAGCCUGUAGCAUUCAGGCCUUCAGAUGUCGAUUUACCGGGAUCAGUGGCAAUCGAUCGUUGGUGGAAUCAGACGAUCUCAACCGUCAGAUCCCCACCAUCUACGCCCCCGUGCGAUCGCGCGUAUUCGCGCGCAUCCAGAUCGACCGCCGGAAGCACCUUGAGGAGCUCUUCCGCCGUCAGCUGGAGGAGGAGAAGCGGCGUGCUGAGUCAGCAGUGACAUGUCCUGUGGAUUGCGUGAGGGAGGUGCGGACCAUGGCUGAUCUGGAAGCGGAGCUGCUUACAGCGGAGCAGAAUAAGCAGCUGGUGGUUGUGGAUUUUUACAACUCCGCAUGCGGCUCUUGUAAAUACAUUCUUCCCAAAUUUAUUGACCUCUGCAAAUCGGGCUGUCAGGGUGACUCCGAGUGUGCUGUUGAUUGGAUGGCAGAUGCAGCGGAUAGGGUUACAGCUGAUGGGGUUAGAGCCGAGGGUUCUACAGAGAAUGUGGUUGGAGAUAGUGCGGUCACUGGCAGUGUAGCAGCAUCUUCUAGUGAGAACUCGUCCGCAGAUGUUGAUACGGAAACAAUGCGGCAUGAAUUUUCAGCCGUUCGGUUCCUCAAGCACAACGUCCGAGACGACUAUGAUGAUCUAACGGAGAUUGCCCUGUUGUAUCGAAUCAAGCUGGUCCCAGCCUUCGCUUUCUUCAAGGACGGUUCUUGCAUUGGCCAGGUUGCUACAAGAAACACCGGCAGGGUGGCAGCUGCACUAGCAACCCUGCUGGCAGGGCAGAAGCUGUGAUGGUAGUGUGCGUGGUGGUUGCCACCAAGUGUGCUGACAGGCUGGAGGCUCCAGCUAUAGGAUGCGUGGCAGUGACACCUCAGUAGAAGGAUACAUGCAGCUGUCUAUUUAUCUAUUGAACAUGUGUCGUUGUACAUAUUGGGUGGUUAGGAGUGUACAUAAGCUACGAUUCGCAGUAGC